AUGGCUUGUGCCGUUGACAAUAGUGAUAAAAGAAUUGCUGAAAUUCUCCAAGCGAACAAUACUAUCAAAAAAUCAAUAUCAGCGAUCAUUCAAGAAUAUCUAGAUCUUCAAAAUCGUUUUUUUGACAAAGUUGGCAGUGUUAUUCAAAACCUAGAAACAGUUCAAAGUGUCGCUAAUAUAUUUCUUACUGACGAACAAAAGACACUUCUCAAGGAAUUCAAACCAAUCGAAGGAGUUCAACUGGCUAUUUGCGGCUACAACUCAGCCGGAAAAACAACAUUCGUACAUGAGCUUCUGGCAUGUGGCAAUUUUUUGCCUACAGGCAUUGGUGCAGUAUCAGCACGUAUUAUCAAAUUUUCUUAUGCUCCUGCUAACGAAGCGUGCUUAAUUAAGUAUCAAUCACAACUCGAUCCAAACGAACCAGAAGAGAUAGUGGAGCUUUCAUCUCAUUUUGUAGGCCCAAAGAGUAAAGCUAAUACCAAGCUACUGAAAGAAACUAUCAAAAAACACGUUGCCAGACCAGAGAUUGAUUGCAUGUCAGAUGAAUUUGAGAAAUGGGCAUCACAUUUAAUUGAAAUUCGAAUUCCAUCUCGUUUUCUACAAUAUGGAAUCGAUGUUUACGAUACACCUGGAUUUUUGGGUAACGAUCCACCAAUACUGGCUGAGAAUUUACUCAAACUUGUCUCCUCCGUACGACCAUCAAUCGUCUAUCUCUAUGACAAUCCAGUGGUGUCUGAUGAUUCUCGAAAAUGUUUUGAACAACUUCAAUUAGCUCUUCGUCAUCAUUUUCGUGGUACUGCUAUCUUCUUUCUUAACACAAAAGCUGAUGUAUUAACAAUUCGAAAAGAUGCCGAUGAUGAUGAUGAUGAUGACGAUGAUGAAAAUGAUAACUUGAAAAAAAACGAAUGUGAAGAUCGUCUCUUGAACAGUGAACGAAAACAACGAUAUAAUCUUCUACUCACAGUCAAUGAAAUGAAUAGCGCUAUUUUGGGAGGCAAACACCUUCCAAUCGAUCAAUACGAUUGUUUCGAUAUAUUCAGUUCACAAGGUUCAACCGAUUCGAUGGAAAUUAAAAUGAAAACACAUGCUAUCAAUAGUAUUGUUCGUUUUGCUGCCGAACAUGAUUUGCGUAGUACAAAACAAAUCAUUAGUAUUGUAUUAGGAACAAUCGAUGAUUUCUUUGAUUUUGUUCUUAUUACCAAUCGACGAUCACCAACUGAGUGGACGACAAUGUACGUUCAUACCUAUCAAUGGAUUGAUGAAUACUUUGCCACAUAUCAAUCACAUAUAGACGAGAUUGCCAAUGAAGCAAAAAUUCUCUUACCGAUCAAAUUUAGUCAACAUUGUGAAGAUAUAGAAAAACGUGCUAUACCACAUUGCGUCACGACAUGGUGGGAACGAAUCUAUGCUAGUUCACUUUCCAGAGAUAGUAUCGUGGCCAAUCUUGACUUGGCUAAUCAUCAUGGACUACCUCUUACUAUUCAACGAGAUACCGUGCUGGGUACAGGUGGCUUUUUUACUAUCUAUCUAGCUAUAUGGGGCUCAGAGCAAAAUCUUGUCGUCAAAGAACUCAAAGAUCCAAUUGCUGAUCAAGAUAUUGCCUGCUUAGAGGCUCAUUUCCAUCGCACAGUAACUCGUCUUCAAAUUCCGCAUAUGGUUCCUCUUGAAUACUUGUACGAGACCGUCAAAGAUCCACGACAAUUUGUAAUUGUCUUGCGACGCUAUCCGAAAAGCUUACAUUCGCAUCUGAUGACACACAUGCAAGAAAUAUCAAUAGAUAAAGCUCUUCAAAUUUCACUCGAUAUUUCCCGUGCCAUUGCUCUUAUGCAUAGCUAUGAACUUGUUCAUCGUGAUGUCAAAGCUCAAAACAUUUUACUUGAUGCGAAUGAUCAAGUUUAUCUAGCUGAUUUCGGCACCUGUCAACAUGGAACAGAAAAUUCAACCUUCAUCGGAUCUCGACCUUUUGUUCCAGAACUCACUACAGGUGACCAUCAAUAUUCGUAUCAAGGAUCAGCUUUCGAUGUCUUCUGUCUUGGUAUACUCAUGUAUGUUGUUGCUCCAAAAGACGUUUUCCAUCAACCCCGCACUCUGGCCGAAACCGAUGUCAAUUCACUCGAUCGAAAUCGUGUACCCGACAGCUAUUCUCGUUUGAUUCUUCGUUGCAUUAACACAGAACCUAUACUGAGACCCAAAGCAAACGAAGUCGUAGAAGAACUCGAACGAAUUAUUAAUACAAUAGCUUAUUCAAAACCGUGUCUUGUUUGUUUGGACGCUCCACGCACCAUCAGAUGUUUACCUUGCCAACAUAAGACAAUGUGUACAACAUGUCUAGCUGCAGCUCAACAAGCUAGUGAAGAACCACAAUGCAUCAUCUGUAGAGACAUAUUCACUAGCGUCGAAGAGGAUGCAGAUCCCAACACCUUCAUAGUUGCUAGAACACCAACUACCGUCAUUCAAUGA